AACAUCUUUAAAAUUGUCACAUUUUGUCAUAGAUUACUACCAUAAGCGGGAAGCUGGUAUUCACCCGCCAUCAUGGGAGGUGGAGCUUCAGUUCAAUGGAACAACACCCAGUGGACGGAGGGUGUUCGGCAGCCCAAGCCUGACCUGGCCACCAUGACCCCUGACCCGCCAUGGCAAGCGAACGUACCAGCUGAGCGCAUGGAGAAGUGGAGGAAAACUUGCAGAAUGUGUGGCGUCUACAAUAAUGAAAAUGUGAUCCUUGAAACUACUGAAGAACCAGGAGGUAUGCUAACGCGCCCCUUACAUCAAACCAUUAAAGGGAAGCCUGCUAAAGUCAUCUUCAAACCAAAACCUUACAUAGACCACACUGCAUUCGAACGCCUGGACCAGUUUGCUCUAUCGGCACCACGGUCACUCUACGACGACUUCAGGAAGCUGGCGGCCUUCCUCACGAAGCCGGCAGCGACAGAGUUGGGGAAGGUUCGAGCCAUGUUCUGUUGGGUCGCAGGGCAAGACGUCAACAACAUGACCUUUCCAGAGAAAGUUCGAGACGGCUCGCCAGACUGGUUCUUAAAGGAGAUGAAGGAGAAGAAGACGACGGAUCUAUACUCUGGUCUCUUUAACAAGCUCUGCCGACUCGCAGGAAUAAAGUGUCACGUGGUAGACGGGUACGUGAAGACCAUACAGCAGCCUCCCGGAACCCGCUUCCAGGACACCACACCGAACGGGAAGUGGAACGUCGUACUCAUCGACGGCUGUUGGGGAAUCAUUGACGCCCACUGGGGAUCCAUUCAUACACUUGACACAAACCUUCAAGAACCUGCCCGGGAAAAUACUGGCAACCCCUUUAAUGAUUUCUACUUUCUGCCUGACCCGCUCCACUACCUCAGCGGGCACUAUCCCCAAGACCCCGUCUGGCAGCUGAUAGAUUCGCCGGUACCGCUAGAGAACUUUGAACGUCACCUUCACUGUAGGGAGAAUUUCUCCACUAAUCAAUUGACACUGCUGAGUCACCACAGAGCGGUAGCGUCAACAAAGGAGGGCGAGGCCAACAUCUACAUCGGUGUUAACAAUGACAAGGUGAAGUUGCACUGCAGUCUAAAGAACGCAACAGGUGAAUCGACCUGGAAGACCAUCAAGUUGAGCAGAUUUGUGAAACAAGAAGCAAGGAAUGGAGCGGCAGUUUUCACCGUCCGCCCGCCAACAAGCGGAGACUUCAUCCUUGAGUUGUACUCGUCCCCAGAUGGAGGCGACAAACAACGGGUUUGUGAGUAUCUCAUCAGGUGCCUCCGACCGAUGAAGGACAACAAGCCUUUCCCGUGCUGGGGAGGCCGCUGGGGGCCCGGUAGCGAACUGGAGGCAUUUCGUCUAACUCCAACAACACACAAAGGCGCUUACGUCGACUGCAGGAAAGGGAAGGCUACGAUAGAGUUCAUCAUGGCGCGUGACUUGUCCUUUCGCACGAAGCUUUUUCAAACUUCGUCCGCAGACUCUACUUUCAGCCGCUAUGUUGCUCACGAGAUUGUGAACAGCGUCGUCCAAUUCAAGAUCAGCGCACCGGAUGUAGGAAUGUUUGGUCUGGGCAUCUUUGUCAAGGAACCUGAUACCAGCGAGCAUUUUCGCCUUGUUUGUAGUUACAUUGUGUCAGCUGAGCAACGCGCAGUCGAUCCGUCGCCUUUCCCGUCGGUUGGAAACGGUCUUUUCGGCCCGGUGCAACCUCUGUUUGCGGUUUUAGGCUUGUCCACUAAAAGUCAUCACAACGCUUUUAUUGAAUGUGACACGGGAGAAGUUGAGAUCAGAAUCAGCACGAAAGACGUCCUAAACGUAGCACACGAUUUAUUUUGGGAGGAUUCACAAAAGAAAUUAGAUCUAGAAAUCUUCGUGUACAGAGAGGUCUUAGACAGGGAGGUGCGCUUAUUGAUCCGCUUGCCACGCCUCGGAAAAUAUCGCUUAGCCGUCUACGCCGAAGGGCUGGAUCACGAAGGUGAUCUUCCAAUCGUUUACAACUAUUGCAUCGUUUGCAAGGAUAGGACCACACGAAAAGGGCCUUUUCCACCUGUCAGUGGCACCCAAUGGGGACGUAGGUUUCCUGCCGCACAGGAAUUGUCACUGGUACCCAAAAGCCAUCCAAAAUCCGACAUUGAUGUUGCCGAAGCUCUUGACAUAGAGAUGCAAUUGGAGAAUCCCGUCGACCUCAAGUGUUGCCUGUACAUAUGGAAAGCUGGCAUCAAACCUGAGUACGCUCAACAGUUCAUUAAGCAUCACACUAAGAACGGAGGGAUGCAAACCGUUGUACAGAUGACGUUUCCUCAGGCUGGUAACUACAGCUUAGAGCUCUUUGCCGCCUCCACCGGUUCUCACUACCGAAACGUCAUGAACUACUACAUACGCUGCCACCAGCCGUCGGAGGUCUCCCGUCCCAUCGGCAAAGGCACAGAAAUACAUGAAGACAAACUCGAUAACAUCGGAUCAAGCGUCUGGGCUACUACUGGGAGCGAAGAGGACAAACCGGAAGACGAUUUCCAAGCUAAGUUGGAAAGAGAGAUAGAAGAGGAAUCCGACGACACUGAAGACAAAGGAGACGUCGAUAAGCCAGAAACAAGAGAAUCAGCCGAUGAUGGGAGAUUUGACAACACAGUGGAGAAAGAAAAUCUCACUACCGUUAAGGAAUUUCUGCCUGUAGAUUCGGAGGAAGAUGGUGUAAAUGGCAAAGAUCUUGAGAAUCACACAGUGCAAAGUAAGAGCACAAAAGAAGACAAAUUCAGGAAGACAUGUACAGAAGGUCCAACUACAACAACAGAAGAAGACGACAUCAUGAAAAAAGCAGAUCAAACUACAACAGACGAGAUAGACAGCAUGAAUAACGCAGAGCAAACUACAACGGAAGAAGACGACAUCGUGAAGACAGCAGGUCAAACUGCAACAAAAGAGGUCGAAAAUGUAUCGACCGAAGAGGAGCACGACCUAGCUGUCAAGAAACACCAAACUACUAGUAUCGCCUUAAACCCUGAAAUGUAUGUCAAACAGCUAAUCCCCAGGCUAACGGCUGCCAUCAGCUCCAAAAACAGAAACCAACUUGAGAAGCUGCUAGAAGAGCUGAAAGGUUUACAAGUCGACAAGGAGGACGAACCUAUCGUCAGAGAAGCAGAAACCUUGCUGCAGCAGAUGGACGUCAGGCAAGCUCUGCGUGAUGCGAUCUCUUCCAAACUCAAGGAAACCCUGGAGAAAGCCAUAGCCAGUGCCGAGCCGUUUAAACGUGACGUACAGGAGGACAUGCAAGAGGCGAAAAUGACUGUCAGCCUCAUUGACCUAACGGCCGCCAUCAGCGCACAAAACACUAGUCAACUCGAGAAGUUGCUGGAAGAGCUAAAAGAUCAAGAGGUCGACGAUGAGGGCGAAACCAUCAUUAGAGAGGCAAAGAUUUUGCUGAAGCGACUGGAAGUCGUGCAAGCUCUACGUGAUGCUAUCACUUCUAAACACAUAGAGGACCUGGAGAAGGCCAUAUACAGUGCCGAGCCCUUUGCACUGGACCUGGAGGACGACCUUCAAGAGGCGAAACGGAUUCUCCAUCACAUCAAGCGUCUGGAGAAACUGCGUCAGGGUAUCCAACAGCUGAACCUGAAGACUCUAGCGGAGAUCAGGGGGUACGCGCGACCUCCUCAGGCGGUCCUGAAGGUCAUGACCGCGACGCUUAUUCUGCUGGGAAACAUCAAUGGCAACGGACAGGGCUGGUCGUCAGUCAAGACUCUGAUGGGAGGAAAUGGCCGAGGGACUCUGAUACGCCGGGUCAACGAACUCAACCCGGUAGGCAUCACACUUGCGAUGGCAUCAGAGGCUGAAAAACAGCUGAAGGACCUCACCUUGGACGAUGUGACAGCCGUAAGCACGGGAGCGGCAGCUUUCUAUAUCUGGGCGAAGGGCAUGAUUGAAGAAGUUCAGAAGGAAGCACAUGUACCACCUUUGGGGUUAAAGAGCGCAGUUGCUGUGACCUGAGGCAGGGAAAUCUCUUGCGAGAAGACUAGCACUGUAUAAUGCAAACUAUGUUUCAAGUGAAAAGUUCUUGGCAAAUACUGAUUGUGCACGAAACGUCGGUUAGCUGUUAGCUGUGCCAUGAGAAAUGUAAUGUAUAAUGGUGUGAAAAGCACGGAUGGUUUAUAUACAUAGUUGGGGUAGGUUUCUGUUUUCGUUGCGAAUCCUGCAAGAUCUGUGGUGUAAACUGUC